AUGCAAUUUUGCGUUCUUGCCCUCGCUUUCGUUCUUCCAUUCGCUUUGGGCUAUCCAUCCAACAGUGGCUUCGAAGACAGUGGCGCCGACGUUAGUGGUUCUGGAGGAAGUGGCUCAGGAGACGGUGGUUCGGGCAACGGAGAUUCUGGCAAGGGCGGCAAAAAGCACGACAAGAAUGACGAUGUCGCACCCACAUCAUUCUGCCAAUGCUACAGUAAGAUUGGCGUCGACUCUCUUCUGGGUUUGGUUGAUCAAGAAGCUGACAUUCCCUGCUUGUGCGUACCAGUACUGUCAGGACCUGCCGCGGACGGUCCAACCAAAGAUCUCUGCCCUUCCUUCUCAGGAACAUUCACAGAUGAAAAGAACUCGGACGGCAACCCCGUACCAUGGUGUGAGAACAUUGGCACGAGUCAGCUUGCAUCUUUCGCCGAUCAAUGCCGCACAGCAGGCGUGGCUGGGGCUACCUGCUGCGACAAGGGCAUGCCUUGGGAGAACUGCCCCAGCGAUGGGAAGUAUGAUCCGAAUGCGGAGUAA